AUGGCGUCAUCCUCCGUCCUUCGAGACAGCGUGCCAGUCCUCGCGUCUGCAGCAAGACAUGCGCAAUUUUUCGCGGCACUUGUAGGGCCGCAUAAAGAGAGAGAGAGCGCGAAUUCCUCCCUACAGCAGCAGCAGCAGCAACAGCAGCAACAGUGGCUGCCCCUUGAAGGCACUCCGGAGGUGUUGGGACCGUACCUGACGGAUUUGGGGGGCCCUUUUCAGGGAGCUUCUCUCCUGCAGUUUGAGUACGUUGUUGCGCUCGAGCCUUGGGCAUUCGACAUGCUGCAGUGUACAGACACCGUAGCGCUUCUCUUCCUUUUCUCCGUGAGCGAGACAGACACCGAGGAGCGAUCCCUGGAGCCCUUGCCUGAGGAGCAGCUACGGCACGCCGAAGCCAUCCGUCAGGAAGUCUGGUUCAUGAAACAGGCAAGACGAAAAUCGCCGUUUCAGCUUACCCGCAAGCCACGCGCUUCCCUUCACUUGCCUCACAAGGACCAGCAGCAAGCUGCAGCAGGCAACCCCGGAGCCUGCAAUUGCUCUCUUUAUUUUCAAAACUGCAAAGCCUCUCUGACGCGUUGUGCUCUCUCUCCUGCUAUGCGAUCUUCUGGUCCCCUCACGAUCGCCAACGCUUGCGGCACUGUGGCACUCCUGCAUUGCACUGCCAACCUCCCCAGGGACCGUUUUCCCCUCCCUCCAGAAGGCGCGGCCACGAAAGUUAUUUGGGAGCAGUUUAUAGGAAAAAAAGCUCAGAGUAUGGGAAUUUCGCUUCUGGCAGUAGGGGACGUUCGUUCGGCCCGCUCUGAAUAG